AUGGGGUUGUCGCCGCCAAACUUGGCCAAUCGGGGUCCUGCGUCUUCUGUGGAAGCACAGGGCGGAUGUGACCAGGUCAGCCAGCAGAAGGCCUCAAUUGAGCGAGCGGCCAACGGCAGCUCACCGCUCGAGUCUCACACUUUUGAGGGGGCCUUGGCAUUUGGGAUGCAGGAUGUGUUGGACGCCUCUGCUGCGGACCACCUGAGUCCACCUAUUCCGGGGCCGGAUUGCGACAUUUUCACGUACAAGGAUGACAACAUUAUACCUUCAACUCUGCCAACAGACGUCACACGACCCUAUUUGCUCGUAAAUAUUGGCUCUGGAGUAUCAUUCUUUCAAGUCUUUGACAAUCGCCGAUGUGAGCGCAUCACAGGCUCCUCUUUUGGAGGUUCUGCCCUCUGCGGACUUCUUCUGCUUCUCACAAAAGCACGCACCUUUGACGAGAUGCUUGAGCUUGCAGACAAAGGCGACAACUCGAAUGUCGAUAAGCUUAUUGGAGACAUAUAUGGUGUGGACUACACUCGGAUUGGCAUGAAGAUGACUGCUGUCGCAUCGACAUUUUGCAAGGCAUUCAGCAAGGAGCAUCGAUCACAGUACCACCUCGCUAGAACAACAUCCGAAGACGAUGCAUCACAAACAUCAAGCAAACCUCCCUUCUCGGAUGCCGAUAUUUGUCAUUCUCUGGUAUUCGCCUUGUUCAACAAUGUGGGACAGCUUGCGACACUGCAAUCCCGGGUACACGACAACGCCGACAUUUACUUUACAGGUCCUUACGUUCGAGGUCACCCUCUCAUCAUCAGGACCCUUUGUAUCGCGGUUCGAUACUACUCUGGAGGAGAAAAGCGAGCGCAUGUUGUUAACGAUCCGAUUUUCACAAGCGGAGAUGCAUGA